UGAGGGUUGGCCACUUAAGGCAGCGUGCAUCCUAUCUUAUUGCUGUCUUAGCUUUUCUGUUUGCCCUUGUGUUCUUUGUUUAUUUACGGUUAUACUAUUCAGUUGAUGAUAGCUUACUGUGAUCGGAAACCCGAGAGCCGUCGCACGGAUUCCGCCCUCGGUUUCCCUCAGUUCAGGUAUUACCGUCUCCGGCGAUUGAGGUAAUCGUUUGUCUACUUGCCAACCCAAAGAAAACAACACCAAAAAAAAUUUCUUGUUUUUGUUUUUUGAAUUAUUGCAUAAUAUUCUACCGUCGAUAAGUUCGAUUCGAUGUCGAAUUCAAAUAAUAAGCGGAAGGAAUCAGAGAGGAGUCGGAGGGGAAGGUUAUCUGAAAAGGCGUCGUCGUUUCACGGGAGAAUUCCGACGAUGGCACCGGCGGAGCUGAGGCGGCCGAAGACGCUGCCCGAGCUACUUCAAGAGAAGGCUACUACGACCUCCUCCGAUGUAAGACCGAAGUGGACGAAGCUGCUAUUCAACGUGACGAUUCAAGGCAGCCUCGGAGCCGUGCAAGUGUUGAUUUCCCCGGAAAACAGCGUCGGAGACCUGAUAGCCGCUUCCGUCAAGCAGUACUCGAAGGAAGGUCGUCGGCCAAUCUUACCGCCAUCGGACGCCGCCCUUUUCGAUCUCCAUUAUUCUCAAUUCAGCUUAGAAAGUUUGGAAAGAGAAGAGAAGCUGAUGGAGUUGGGAUCGAGAAAUUUCUUCCUUUGCACAAAAACGGCGGCGUUGAAGGACCGUGAGAAGAAAACGGCGUCGUGCUCCAAUGAAGCCGAAAACGUUACAAAGAGCUCGAUAACUUGGCUCAAAUUCAUGUUUUAAAGUAUUUUCUUUAGGGGUA